AUGGGUCGCGAAGAGCAGGUGGAGGAACGAGAAGUUCUCGACUCAAUCUUUCCAGAGGAAAUUACAGAUAUAUCAGACACUUCCUAUCGAAUAACUAUAAACCUCGACCUCGACGAAGACGAAGAAAAUGAUGAAGCACCAAUUCUUUUAUUACAAGUCUCCUAUCCAGAGGCAUAUCCCGACGUCGCACCUGACCUUGAAAUACUGACACCACCAAACUCCGCAAAACAUACUCGCUUCGACAUACAAGAGGACAAGGCGCGCCUCAUGGAAGCAAUUCAACCUAGCAUCGAAGAGAACCUCGGCAUGGCAAUGAUAUUUACUUUAUACAGUACGCUAAAGGAAGCGGCGGAGACCUUAAUAAUGGAGCGUGUAGCAUCUGAGAGACAAGCGCGCGAGAGGGAGAUUGCGGAAGCCGAGGAGGAAGAGAAUCGGAAGUUCCAGGGCACUCUUGUCAACAAAGAGAGGUUCCUUGAAUGGAGGGAAAAGUUCAGGAAAGAGAUGGAGGAAGAAGAGCAGAGAGAAAAGGAGGAAAAAGAGGCAGAAGAAAAGAAGAAAAAACCGUCUGCUCGCGAAGAGCAAAAGCUUACCGGACGACAGCUCUGGGAGCGUGGCCUGGCAGGUAAGGGCGAUUAUGAUGAGGAGGGCGAAGACGAGUUGGCGUCAGAGGGCGUCGAAAAGUUGCAGAUUUCAGCAUAG